AUGUACGCGCUCGUCGUCGUCCUCGCGUGGUACGUCUCCGGCGGCCGCACCGCGCCCUCGCCCGUCGCGUCGUCGUCGUCGUCGUCGCCCGUCGUCCUCGCGCCGUCGCCGACGUUCUGCGCGCGCCGCGAUCCCAUCGUCUGCGCGCACGGCACCGUCGGCUCCGCGGACUGGCCGCGGUCGAUGGGCCGCCGCCCGUUCCCGAACACGGUCCCCGCGCUCGCGGCCGCGGUCGCCGCCGGCCACGAGUGCGUCGAGGUGGACGCGUCGCGCACCAAGGACGACCACCUCGUCGCGUUGCACCCGCGCGAGCUGAAGAUGCUCACCGGCGGGCGCGUCGGGAACCCGGGGGAUUUGACGCUCGCGGAGAUCAUGUCGCUGACGAUGCCCGGCGCGAAGGAGUACCGCGUCGCGACGUUCGCGGAGGCGAUGGCGGUCGUGAUGAACAAAGGAUUGACGCAGAUCACGGUGGAUUUCAAAGACGGCCCGCCGCGACGAGAGGAGGGGUUCGCGAGCGCCGUGACGCGCGAGAUCGCGCGGCUCGGUCGGUCGCACGGGAGCGGGCGGUCCCAGUCCGCGACGACGGCGUGCCCGGAGUGCGUGUACUGGGGCAAGUCCGACGAGAUCGCGCUCGACGUGCUGGAGCUGACUCGAGGCGACGCGAAGGCGCGACUUUCGCGAGCGUUUCUCUCCGCCCAUCCCACGGUUUCGUUCAAUCCCGACACGCCUCGAUGCCUUUCAACUCCGCUUCUGACGCCUUUCGACUCCACCCCGACGUCGCCGCGUAUGCACCCUACCCUCGCCCGCCCCAAGGUUGGAUACUCGGUGGCCAACUUCUCGAGGGCGAUCAUAGACGCGGGGCUCCAUCGGCUCGCGGGGCGCGAGGACGUGACGUCGCGCGCGUACGUCGCCGCCGCGCAGAGCGAGAUGGCGUCCGAGGCGCUCAUCGCGGAGGUCGCCGCGGCGACGGCGGAGGACGCGCCGCACGGAAAGACGCGGACGUACGCGUGGACGGUCAACGCGCCGGCGGCGACGGCGGCGGUCGUCAACGCCGGCGUGGACGGCGUGGUGACGGACGAGCCCGAGCUCGUCGCCAGGGUGGUUCGAAAGUUACGCGGGCGGUGUGGGAGCGGUGGGGGUGGGGAUGGGGGUGGGGGUGGGAGCGGCGGCGGCGGGUGGUUCGCGAGGGGGGCGUCGAGCGCGGCGAAGGACGAGGCGCGGUGA